AUGUCUCAUGCUGCCGGCGCCGCCGCAGCCGCCGCCGGGUCCCGGAGCCAGAGGCCGCCCGAGCCGGAGCGCGAUGGAGCGAGGGCCCCAAGCGGGGAGGCGCCGCCGAGCGCGCGGCCCGACGCCCCCUCAGUGAGAGCCCGACCGCCGCGGCGCCGCCCGAGGGCGGGCUCGUCUCCGCCCGCCUCGCCGGCGCUCGGAGCCCGCGCCGCCUUCCCGCUCGGGCCGCGGGCCGGUGACGGGCCGGGGCUGCAUGGCCUCGCCCGCGCGCCGCCGCUGAGCCGCGGGCCGGAGCCGGAGUCGGAGCCGGAGCCGGUGAGAGCCGCGGCCGCGCGGGGCUCAGGGCGGGCGUGGGGCGGCCUCGCGGCCUGCAGGCCUUGCGCGCCGAGCGGAGCAGCGCGGCGGGCUCCUGCGGGCCUGGGGUCCGGGGUCCGGGGCAGUGGUGACGGCGCUCUGGGUCUCCGGACGGACUUGUGGGGGGGAUUCAGGUGGGCCUGUGGGGGGCAGUCGGGCGGGUCGACGGUGGCCUUCGGGCGGACUUGGGGGCCGGGGGCUGACUAG